CCAGAUCUCCGGCCGUACAUAAUAACCAAAUAAAAUCAGCCAAAAUGCCUCAAGCUCAGCCAGAAUUGAAGAAGUACAUGGAGAAGCGGGUAUAUUGCCAACUGAAUGGCAACCGCAAAGUCAUUGGUAUCCUGCGCGGCUACGAUGUGUUCAUGAACAUUGUGCUUGAUGAGGCUUUCGAGGAGAAGCAGGGUGGAGAGAAGGUUGCCAUUGGCAUGGUGGUCAUCCGCGGUAACUCCGUUGUUAUGCUUGAGGCUCUGGAGCGUAUAAGCGACAAAUGAGAGACUAAAGGCGCGCGGAAACUGAAUGUCUUUUUAUACCUUCAUCGUGGGAUUGUUUUGAUGCAAUAAGGAGUUCACGGAUUGGUUGCUCACAUGGCAUGAUCGAAGGCAUUUUCAUGUAUUUGACUCUCUGGCUACGAGAAAUUCACGGUCUUAAUGAAAAAAGUAGGGCUUGGAAUCUCGUGAGGGUAAAUUUGCUGAAGAAAUGAUCCUUGACAGCCAGACUGAUCAUCAUUUUACAAAGCCUGGACCCCAAUCCAACAGAUAGGCGCCUCAACUAGAUGUCGUUUAAGAAUGAUCCAGAAUAGAGGGAAGGCUC